AUGAGUGUUUUAAGUGGUUUGAGUAAAGCUGACUUCAAAACUGCCAGUGAUGGACUGCUGGAGCUGCCUGAGGAGCGGCUCCGCAGCCUCAUGCGCACAGAGCCCAUCACCUCCGUCUACCACGUCGAACAAACACCCUUUGCAAGAUGGCUAUGGUCGAUGGACUUGUCCUUCAUUCGCAAGGUCGUCGGGCAAAUGGUCACCUGUGUCGGGAUCGCAGGCGGGCGUGCUCCGACCGCUGGUUGUGCAAUCAGCGCGACACCUCGACGCACGUGGGCGUUCGCUUGCCGCUCGAGAACAAUCGAGCCUCUCAUUCAACAACACAGCCGCUGGAAUGCGGGUUUUUGA